AAUUGGCUUGUUACACGGGUUCAACUGUUGGAGGCCUCCUAAACGCUACAUUUGGAAACGUGACAGAGCUGAUCAUAUCGAUUUUCGCUCUUAAAACUGGAAUGAUACGCGUUGUUCAGCUGACACUGCUCGGCUCCAUCCUUUCUAACAUGUUGCUUGUACUUGGCUGCGCCUUUUUUUGUGGUGGUCUUGUAUAUUCCCAGAAAGAGCAAGUCUUUGACAAAGGAAACGCCGUUGUGAAUUCAGGAUUGCUUUUGAUGGCUGUCAUGGGAUUACUCUUCCCCACAGUUCUUCAUUACACGCACAGUGAGGUUCAUGCUGGGUCAUCGGAGCUUGCUCUCUCAAGAUUCAGCAGUUGCGUAAUGCUCGUUGCCUAUGCUGCUUACCUCUUUUACCAGUUAAAGAGCCAGCCGAGUUCUUAUACUGCUCUUACCGAGGUUU